UAUACUGAUACUUUCGAAAGUUUGAAGUUUCAAAAGUGGGGACAUUUACCCAAAAACCUUAAAAACUUUCAAGAGCCGGAAAACUCGCCGCCGGGAUGACUCUUUCAGGGGCUCUGACCUUGGCCGUCCUCCUUUUAGCCCUGUACUGCGCAACAGACCCAUUCAAACACAGCGCCAUCUCGGAUUUCCCCGACUUCGAGACGUACAAGAUCGAGCUUUCUCCAUGGUCUGAUCUUCCGAAGGAGAGAGACCGCGAGAAUUUGCUCCAGAGAUCGGAAAUCAAGUUCCUUAACCAAGUCCAAGGCCCGGAGAGCGUCGCCUUCGAUCCCCUUGGCCGUGGGCCCUACACUGGUGUCGCCGAUGGCAGAAUUUUGUUCUGGAAUGGUCGCUCUUGGACUGAUUUCGCCUACACUUCGUCCAAUAGGUCUGAAUUAUGUGAUCCAAAACCAUCACCUUUAAGUUACUUAAAGGUCGAGCACAUUUGUGGCCGGCCUUUGGGGCUUCGGUUCGACAAGAAAACAGGUGAUUUGUACAUUGCAGAUGCAUAUCUUGGGCUGUUGAAGGUAGGGCCUGAAGGUGGACUGGCAACAUCACUGGCAACCGAAGCAGAAGGAGUGCCAUUAAGAUUUACCAAUGAUCUAGACAUGGAUGAGGAAGGGAAUGUCUAUUUCACAGAUAGUAGCACCAAAUACCAAAGGAGGAACUUCUUGCAGUUGGUUUUCUCUGGAGAAGAUAGUGGCAGGGUUCUGAAAUACAAUCCAAAAACCAAGGAAACUACAGUGCUUGUGAGGAAUGUCCAAUUUGCAAAUGGUUUGUCCCUAAGCAAGGAUGGUUCCUUCUUUCUCUUCUGUGAGGGAUCAUUGGGCAGGUUACGCAGGUAUUGGUUGAAAGGGGAAAAAGCAGGAACCUCAGAGGUAUUUGCUAUCCUCCCCGGAUUUCCUGACAAUGUUAGGACGAACGAAAAGGGUGAAUUUUGGGUGGCAAUCCACUGCCACAGGACCAUGAACAAUUAUGUAUAUGCAUUGUACCCAAAACUGAGGAAAUUCCUACUCAAGUUCCCAGUUUCCGCAAAACUGCAGUACUUGAUUCACAUUGGAGGGUGGCAACACGGAGUAAUUGCUAAAUAUAGCCCCGAGGGUAAGCUUUUGCAGAUAUUGGAGGAUAGUCAAGGGAAGGUUGUCAGGGCUAUUAGUGAAGUGGAGGAGAGGGAUGGGAAAUUGUGGAUGGGGAGUGUUUUGAUGCCUUUCAUGGCAGUUUACAACUUAGCUUGAAUCAAAAUAAUCUUCCCAGUAAAGGAAAACAUUUUUCUUAUUGCUAGAGGUAGCUCCUUCAAUAUUCUCAAAACCCUUCUUUCCUCGUGGCCAAUCGCCGAAACCACCUUAUACAAGUGUCGCCGGCUUUUUUUAAUCAGAAUUACAGUUUAGGUUCCUCUUGGUACCAAAGUUCACACUUGUACUGUUUCACUCUCCUAGUUUUGCUCUCAUGGACUGAUUUUUAGUAUUUAUAAUGUGUACGAAUUAUUCUGGACAUACCAGGAAAAUUUAGGACCUGUAGUUAGCUAGGCCUGAGUUUACCUAUUUUUUGUUGUUUCUAUCAUGGCAUAAUCAAGCCUUAAGGCUCUUGAAAACA